AUGCCACCAACUGCAAAAAAGACCGCAAAAGCUCCCGCAGCAAAGACCGCAGCCGCAAGCCCAGCCAGCGCCGCGCGCAAAACAGCAGCAAAGAAAACCGCCGGAAAGCGCGCUUCAAAUGUACAACCCGGCGACCCAACACCAACAGGCAAAAAACGCCGCUACAAACCCGGCACAGUCGCCCUCAAAGAAAUCCGCCGCUACCAACGCUCCUACGACCUCCUAAUCGCCAAACUCCCCUUCGCCCGACUAGUCCGUGAAGUCGCCCUCGACCUUCUCCCCGCCGAAGUCGGCGCCGAAUUGCGCUGGCAGUCGCACGCGAUUCAGGCGCUGCAGGAAGCUGCGGAGGCGUUUAUGGUGCAUUUAUUCGAGGAUACGAAUUUGUGUGCUAUUCAUGCGAAGCGCGUUACGAUUAUGCAGAAGGAUAUUCAGCUUGCGAGGAGGAUUCGGGGGGUUUGGGGGGGUCUUGGUUGA